GCCCCUCCCCCCUGUCACACAGCAGACAUGGCGGAGUACAGCCAGGCGGGCCUCCUGGCGGCUCUGCUCCUCUUCACGGCGCUCACGGUCCGGGACGUUUAUCUCGGCAGGAUGAGCUCGCAGCACGGACAGCAGCAGGCCGACAGUCCCGGCCUCUCCCCGGACACCCUGCCCGGCACCGAGCCCGGGAAACCGGCCAAGCCCUCCCUGUACACCGGGCCCGUGCUCCGGUUCCAGUACUGUAUCUCCUGAGGUUACAGUAAGGUGUUCCAGGAGUACUCUAAAGCAAUCAGCCAGCUGUACCCGGACAUCCGCAUCGAGGGAGACAACUUCCCUCCAACCCCCUUAAACAGGGUUUUGGGGAACCUGGUCUCCUACCUGAAGCUGCUCUCCAUCCUCCUCAUCGUCAGCGGUCAGAACCCUUUUGUCCUCCUCGGACUUGACACUCCCAGAGCCUGGACCUGGACUCAGGACAACAAGAUCUUCUCGUGUCUGAUGGCCUUCUUCCUCUGCAACAUGAUGGAGACUCACUUCCUGUCCACUGGAGCCUUUGAGGUCACGCUGAACGAUGUCCCCAUCUGGUCAAAGCUUCAGUCGGGUUACGUUCCAAACAUCCAGGAGAUCUUUCAGAUCCUCGACAACAACAUGAAGAUGAACCAGGUGGAUCCCAGGAGCUUCUCCACCUCAUAGAGCUACAUACAGCCGUGCUGCAUUCAGGUGUCCCGGCUCAGUGGGAAGUUCAGCUGCUGGCGUUCAUGAAGGUCUGGCCUUAAAGCAGUCUCUGCGGGGCCUGACCGGAUUUCUCCCGCCAGAAAACGAGCACUCCCUCUGCGCUGGAUCACAGAUCAGCACUACAGUACCCACAAUGCAACUGUCAUCUGCACCAGACUGAUUCCUCUGCUGGACUCUCCUAGUCUCUCUGUUGGUUCAGUUUUUUAUUUAUUUAGUUAAGAGUUAACUUUGUUGAACAGGAACAGAAUUAAACUACGGUACUACUGUUAGCGUCAUGCUUUUAGCUUCCUUCUGGACAGGAAGUACCAGACAGGAAACUGGAAUAAACACUAAAGUAAUUAAUGACAAGAAUCUGGUAAAUGUUAACAUCUUUUUUUUUUAUCUGUAAAAUGUCUGAAAUUAAAAAAAAUAAAAAAGAAACCGA